AUGGAUUGUGUUGCUUCUAUUUACCUCGGAGAACUAGAAAAGAUCUACGCCACCUCUGUUGGGGUUUCAAUUGCGGGAAAGCUUGUCUGUGACUUGAUAGUUGCAGGCAUAACCCUCUGGCCCAUAUUGCUGGGCAUGUACAAAUAUGGGUUCCAGGAGGCGGUAAGCCUAACUCCCAAAAUCCCACUAGGCCUGUGGGAUCAUCUCCCCACCGAUUACAAGUAUUGGGCAAUGGAUUCUCUCGGGAACUACCACGAUCAAUACACCGACCAAAGCCAUGGGUCACUGAGUGACGACCACCCAAGUCCAUCUUCCCAUAGCCGCGAUUAUACCCUUAGGAAUCGCAACGGCGGGCGCUCUUCGAGUACAGCGCCUCAAGUACAACAUGCUAUCCCCUCACCUAGAAUAUCUAUUCCCCAACCCACCAGGGUUAUAAGACCCAGUUCUGCACUCCCUGGGCAGGUAGCCAAGCCAAGGACAGGACUGUGA